GAGAGCGGCCCGCGCGCCGCGUCCGGUCACGUGCGCGCCAGCUUCCCGGUGGAGCCGGCUCGGGAUCGGGAUCUGGGAGCGGGGGCCGAGAUGCGCGUGAAGGUACUGAGCCGUAACCCCGACGACUACGUGCGCGAGACCAAGUUGGACCUGCAGCGCGUUCCAAGGAACUAUGACCCUGCAUUGCAUCCAUUUGAGGUUCCGCGAGAAUACACAAGAGCUCUGAAUGCAACAAAGCUAGAGCGUGUGUUUGCAAAACCCUUUCUCAGCUCACUUGAUGGCCACAGAGAUGGAGUUAAUUGCAUGGCCAAACAUCCAAAAAGUUUGUCUACAGUGCUGUCUGGAGCAUGUGAUGGAGAGGUUAAAAUUUGGAACUUGACCAGACGCCAGUGCAUUCGUACUAUCCAAGCCCACGAAGGCUUUGUUCGAGGCAUGUGUGCCCGUUUCUGUGGCACAUCAUUCUUCACGGUUGGUGAUGACAAAACUGUGAAGCAGUGGAAAAUGGAGAGCCCGGAAUAUGGAGAAGAAGAAGAACCUAUUCAUACAAUUCUUGGAAAGACAGUGUAUACAGGAAUUGAUCACCACUGGAAGGAACCUGUUUUUGCCACCUGUGGCCAUCAAGUGGACAUUUGGGAUGAACAAAGGACAAGUCCCAAGUGUUCUUUGACUUGGGGUUUUGAUAGCAUUAGCAGUGUAAAAUUUAAUCCCAUUGAGACAUACCUUUUGGGAAGCUGUGCUUCUGACAGAAAUAUUGUGCUGUAUGAUAUGAGAAAAUCAACUCCAUUAAAGAAGGUUAUCUUGAACAUGAGGACAAAUACACUGUGUUGGAACCCCAUGGAAGCUUUCGUUUUUACUGCAGCAAAUGAAGAUUACAACUUAUAUACUUUUGAUAUGCGCUAUCUUGAAUCACCUGUGAUGGUGCAUAUGGAUCAUGUGUCUGCUGUUCUUGAUGUGGAUUAUUCACCCACUGGGAAAGAAUUUGUGUCUGCCAGCUUUGAUAAGUCUAUCCGCAUUUUUCCUGUAGACAAAGGUCACAGCAGGGAGGUAUAUCAUACCAAACGAAUGCAGCACGUCAUCACUGUAAAAUGGACUUCAGAUAACAAAUAUAUUCUGUGUGGCUCAGAUGAGAUGAAUAUUCGCCUGUGGAAAGCCAAUGCUUCUGAAAAACUGGGAGUGCUUGCACCGCGAGAGAAGGCAGCAAUGAAUUACAAUCAGAAGCUGAAGGAGAAGUUCCAGUUUCACCCCCAGAUCAGGCGCAUCGCUCAGCACCGUCACUUGCCCAAGAGCAUUUAUUGCCAAAUCAAGGAGCAGCGCAUCAUGAGAGAGGCUCGUCGGCGAAAGGAACUGAAUCGUCGCAAGCACAGCAAACCAGGAUCUGUGCCUUUUGUGUCAGAGAGGAAGAAACAUAUUGUGGCGGUAGUGAAAUAAUUGUUUUCUCAUGUACAAAAUGUCACAAUGAAAGAAAAAUGUCACUAUUGAAUGAAUACACUGUACAAAAUUUGAUGGACAUUGGUAGGACAGCAUAUGGCUCCAGGAACGUGGCUUUUCUUCAACUUUAUACAUCCUCCAACUUCUGAAGUCAUCAUCUGCUUUGGGUACUUCUGAGAAUUAGCACUGUAAUCUUUCAUUGCCAUUUGUCUGUCUGACGUUACUGCCCCAACACUGUGUAUUGCAGUGGAGUUUGACCCUUUUGAUACAAGCAGAUAACUUGGUGGAGAAAUGUCUGUAGUUCCUGUCUUAUUCCUUGGUACUGUUACUACAAAAAAAGGAUGAAAUAGAUUCUUAUUUAUCAAAGCAAAAAAACCCUUGUUCCAAACAGAGUUAUAAAAUAGAUUCUCCUUAUGCUGUCUGGUUUUUAAUUUUUAUUCAAACAAAUUUAAUAAAGAAAACAAGUGACCUUAA